AUGGAAGCCGAAGCUUCUCCGCCGGUGGGAUCUCCCCCUUGCUUCCUGUGGUUCCAGAGGCCUGGCGUCUACAAGGAUGAGAAGGGGAGGAUCUGGGUGGCUGUGGCUCUGCAGAUCAAUCCCUCCCUCCGAGCUCGGGGCAGCGGGGCCCCUGAGAGCACACAUGAAGUCACCAUCACGGUCCAUCUGUGGCAGUUACCUAGCCAGAUGCCCAGGCCCCCUAGCUGUCUGUUUGUGUCUGGGCUGCCCAUGAAGUGGGAGCUCUAUCCCGGGCGAAGGUACCAAGGAACGGAUUCCAGACGCUGGGAGAUAGUGGACCAUGGCCAGGCAAACCCGGCUGGCCCUGUGUCUUCAGCGAGAAUCCUUAUGCACCUGCUCAUUGGUUUGCACACCUAG